UAAAAAGAGAAAUGGACUAAACAAAAACCCAGAAAGGUCGUCGAAUCGAAAUCUCUCCGGCGAGAAUAACGAUCGCAUUCGAUGGCGGAAGGCGGCGAUGAUCCACAGCGAUUGAAGAAGAUUGCGGCGGCAGCUUACGAGUACGAUAACGAUUCUCGAUGGGUGGAUUACUGGUCUAAUAUCCUAAUCCCUCCUCACAUGGCUAGUCGCCCCGAGGUCGUCGAGCACUACAAGCGUAAAUUCUACCAACGCUACGUGGAUCCUGAUCUUGUUGUGGAGCCUAUGGCUAGUUCAUCUUCUUCGUCGCAAUCUGCAAGACCAUCUGCAUCUACCAAUGCAAAUGAACAAGCUCGUUCACGAAACUCUGGAUCUGUUCCGAGAACCACUGGGCCAUCUGCUACUUCAGGUGUGAGUUCAGGGCGGUGGGAUCAGCAGACUAUUCAGUUUUCUGUCAAUGCUUGGGUUUUCGUUAUAGCUGUGCUGGCAGUGUUACCUCUAGUGCCAAAGAACCUCUCUAAUAGGGCUUAUCGUCUAUCUUUCAUGGGAACUGCAUGCUCAUCUCUUUAUUCCUUGUACUCUCUUUAUGGGAGGCCAAGUGCAUGGAAUAUGCAAGGGAUGCAAGUUUAUUUCCAAUCAAUUAUGGGAGCAAAGGAUUUCAUCUAUUUCAUAUACUGCCUCACAUUUGUCACUUCACAUCUCUGUCUCAAGUUUGCUCUGAUUCCCAUCUUGUGUCGAGCCCUUGAACAAUUAGCCAAAUUCUUGAGGCGUAACUUCGCUCGCUCCACCAUAUACAGAAAGUACUUGGAAGAUCCUUGCGUGUGGGUGGAGUCAAACACAACUACUCUUAACAUCCUCUCAUCGCAGGCUGAGAUAGCUAUCGGCUUCCUUCUGAUUAUCUCUCUGCUCUCAUGGCAACGCAACAUUAUACAGACAUUCAUGUACUGGCAGCUAUUGAAGCUGAUGUAUCAAGCACCAGUAACAGCAGGAUACCACCAGAGCACGUGGAGCAGAAUCGGGAGGACGGUGAAUCCCAUUAUCCAACGGUACGCUCCCUUCUUGAAUACUCCGGUCACUGCCGUCCAGAGAUGGUGGUUCAGGUGAAAAACCAACCGAAAAAUGCAGAGGUGAAACCCCUUAAAACAAAAGAAGAAAAAGUUUCAGCUUUAUUUUUCAUUUCAACUUUCUGCGUAAAGUAGAUUCUUCUCUUUUUGGGUUAUGAAAUAUUAUUGUUGCUAAUGAUUUUUUUACUCUCUUCUGGUUGUUAAUUUAGAUAUAUGUGACUUAAUUCCCUUUUGCAUAGGUGAUCAUUUUAAGAUUUAUAAUUUUCCUACAAA